CGUUGGGUACCGCACGUGUACCGGCCCUGUAGUACCAGGCGCCACCGCAAAAGGUACACAACUGACACGCGAACACGAAGGGAACUUUGCAACGGGUACAGAGCCGCAUGCACAAAAGAAGUUUCCAAGCUUCUAAGUCCAUGGGGUACAAGUCAGGUACCGGGCGUUGUACCCGCUGAGUGAGGCAUGUACCUGCUAAAUGAAACGGGAGAGCGGCCCUUCUGUACCUGAUGAAGAUGACAAAAUUUUCGUCGAUCUGUAAUGCGCGAGUGACACGGCCUACAAACAACGAAACAACGUGUGAACUGCGUGCGGUUUCGGAUUAGAUUUUCUCGGCGGAACCGGAUGACGACUGCGGAGUAGGAAAGCUUUCCUGGCUUUCCUACCUCCACGGAGCCCACAAACCUUUUUAUACUGCGACAUUACUUUUAAUUUGCUUUUCUAAUUUGUUUUUCUGGAAUUGCCUGACGACGUAUGCUGACUGUGUCGAAAGUAAUAAAAUCGUUUAUGCGGCCUAUCGUCUCACGUCCGUGCGUCCGUCGUGGUUUCACGUUUCGCAUGCGUUCCGCGGUUUCGUCUGCCGUCGUUUUGCUUUGUGUGAAGCAGAGGAUCUGCCUUAUUGGCUUCCCCCAUCGGCAGUCUUAGCCCACACAUGUUAAUGGUAUUCAGCGUUCGUGACGCAUCUUACGUCCGAGACGCCCUGGACCUCAUACAAUGAGCACGAACAAGGACGUAAGAGGCACCGUCCGGGGUGCGUGCACAACCUGUGAGUGCACAUCAUUCAUGAGGAGCACUGAGCUGUGGACGUCAGGGCCUUUCCCGCCAGGAUGGUGCGAAUAUUGUGGACACUCCCCUGUGUCUCACGUCGCGGUUGACAUAUUUGCAAGCACAGAACGCACCCAGCGAACAGAGUCCACAUUAGAGUUGAUCACUUCAGGGCGAAGACAACCAGACCUGCCUUUUUCUGCUCACUCUGUUCUAAACACUUCAGCCUCUGCUGAGGUUACAUCUGUUUUUGCAGGAAGUCAGAGUUCCACCACAGAAGAACCAUGUCAGGGCCCAACGGCUGCAGCAGGAACUGCAGGUUGCACAUCUGCUAUCAGAACUGGUGGUGGUAAUAUGAUGGUGGAUGACAGCUCGGGUAUGGCAGAAAUGCCAAGCACUUCUCAGGAGCAUCCCCUUGGAACAUCAUCGAUACUGCAGGCGGUUGAAAAUGUUUGUCGUGCCGCGGUAGAACAGUCCUCCAGAGAAAAGUUUACGUUGCCAGAGUUUUCACCCAUGGUGCAACCCCUUCUUAAAGGAAAAUCUCUGUCCGAGAAGAUGGAAAAAAUGCUUCAGCAGCAACUCCAAGAUGAGCUUAUAGAAUACCUAGAUGAGAAUCAACUCAUAAUAAAUGAAGCACCAUGGCAGUUGAGAGAGCAAUAUAAAGCACUUGGGCGGUGCCUGCUGAAGUGUCACCCAUGCAUACUGUGGCCUAGCGCCAAACCUGGCUCGAAAGCGGAGAGGAAUGCAAAGUACUGUUGGAGUGUAUUCAUGCACCGGCUAUCGCUCAAGCGAAAGAUACGGCGGCUAAGGGCAAAGUGGAGCAAGAACAUGGCUGGGGUAGAUACCCAGUGUCCUUCGACAGAGAACAGCAUGCACGCUGUAGAAAUUCUUGGGACAGCCAUGAGCUGUAACGAGGCACAGAAUGAGCUGAAUGUACUGGCAAGCUUCGAACACGGAACAGUAAGCUUCAACCUGGCACGCUUGAAACAACUGUUGCGUCUAUCCUAUGAAGUGAGAAGACUUGAAUACCCUGAGAGACUGCCAGUGUACUUCUUAAACGAGGAUGCGCUCUGCGUUGAAGCUGAACUAAGGUUCCAGCUCUCGAUCGAAGAAAUGGUGGCGAAGUUGAACCAUGUACGUCAAGAGUUCAUUAUGGAGCAUGGUGGAGAAAGCUUUGCAGACAUAGACUGCUACCUACGGUCCAGGAAGUGCAAAACUGCACUCAUCACACUUGAGGACGUAAAUGAAGGUCAGCGUGUGCCAGGUCCCAGCCUAUCCUUCACUGCGAAGAAGGAAAUCCGCACAAGGCAUGAAGCGAUCGACCUCAGCAGUAGCUGCAGUAUGGAGAAAGCACUCAUUCUUGUACUCUGUGUGUACUAUGUGAAAAACCUCAGCUACCCUCAAGCUUAUGGCCAAACGCUGGGUCUCCUUCAAACCGUGCUAGUGAAGGACUCUUAUUUCAACGCUGCUCUGCAGACAAAACGCCUUGCUAUGUUGCUGAAGCAUCUCGGUGUGUCCCGUCAGGAACCGCAAAAAGCUCAAAGCCUGCUUUCACUUAUCCGCUAGUCUUCCCACAUUGCCAUAACAUAGAGAUGACGUAGUGGAUGACUGGGCUUCUUGUGGUUUUCCCGCUGAUAUAAGCGUAGUACAAAGCCAACAAGCCUUCCUAACAGCUGUCUUACUGACAUCACUAGAAGCUGCUGGCGACAUUUCAUUUUACCUUGAAUGCAUAUUCGUUGAAAGUGUUAAAGCCAAGAGGGACAUAAACAACAGGGCACGCUUUCAGCAGCUGUUUUAUGCGCUGUCACAGUGGCUUAAAUACAUGUCAACCACUCUGUUUUUUCUCGCAGCGUCAGGGACGGUUAGUGGAUCUCAUCUUGUAAUCUCAAACACUCGUCGUAUUUUACGCCCACAGUGAGGAACCAAAGACUGCAAUUUUCGGUUCACGGCUUCUGGUCUGCUCAUCAAAGUGCCUGUUCCUUGUGUCCCUUUUAGCUCCUUUGUUUAAUGUAACUGAUAUAUAUAUGAGGGUCAUUUCAUAAAUAACGCACAGUAAUUUCUUAACGGCAGGCAGUUUUUCACUUGAGUACUCCCUUUUCCCAGUCAGUCUAUGUAGCAUUCCUGCUGUGCGAUUACUGUGUCCCAAAAUAGAGGAACGUUUUCUAUUCCGCUGAGAGGGGCGCAUUUGUUGAGUGUCCUUACACCUCAGGUAAACACUCGCUUCCUAUACUGUAGUGUCCUCCAGGGAUGGAAAACGUCCACUUAUCAGCUCCCUCAACUUUGGGUAGCAGGCCGAAACUUGGUGGGCUUGGGUUGAGGUGAGCAUGAGGUUAUCUGUGAUCUAGUUGCUGAGUAAGUACGAGUGGGGGCUGUUACCUCACCUGGACUGCAGCCAAGACGCAAGUCGAUCAGACUUCGGCCUGUUCCCCAAGUUGAAAGAAUCAAUGUGUGGGCAACGUUUUUGUUCGCUAGUGGAGCCUAACAGAGUGUGUACCCAAGAUAUAAGAGCACCCAGCAAAAGUGCAGCUCUCAUUGGGAUAGAAAUGCAUCCUCGACGUUGAGACGCAGCAGUCGCAUAGCAUCCAGGGAUACUACAAAUUUGGACUGUGAAAAGGUAUUGCUCGGGUGAAACAUUGCCAGCCAGUAGCAAAUUAUGGUACAUUAGUUAUGAAAUGACCCUCGUAUUUGGUAUAACAGUGUUGUUUGAUACAAAUGUUACGGUUAAUAUAUUUGUGGCUGUGCACAAGGCAGCCCGUUAUUUAUUUUUGCGCAAGGUGCAGUGCAAUAUUUUCAAAUAUGUUUGUAGCCAACAAAGUCUAAGUGAGUGCAGUUAGGCUCCACCAAUAUGGCACUCCGUUUUUGGGAUAAUUUGUGGUAUUGAUAUCACUUGAGGUUCGCGGCUAAGAUAUUGCAUUGAUGUCUUGGAUGUUCCGUAGGAUUGAAGUUCAAUUCAUUCUUGUUACAUAUAGUCAACUCGUACAAAGCUCUCAUUGUAAACAGUACACAAAAUAAAUGGUCACACUGUC